AUGACCCACGUCUGGCUGAUGGCCCCUCAGACCCCUAAGAAUAAGACCCCUCAACAAACCCCUAAGAAUAAGACCCCUCAACAAACCCCUAAGAAUAAGACCCCACAACAAACCCCUAAGAAUAAGACCCCUCAACAAACCCCUAAGAAUAAGACCCCACAACAAACCCCUAAGAAUAAGACCCCUCAACAAACCCCUAAGAAUAAGACCCCUCAACAAACCCCUAAGAAUAAGACCCCUCAACAAACCCCUAAGAAUAAGACCCCUCAACAAACCCCUAAGAAUAAGACCCCUCAACAAACCCCUAAGAAUAAGACCCCUCAACAAACCCCUAAGAAUAAGACCCCUCAACAAACCCCUAAGAAUAAGACCCCUCAACAAACCCCUAAGAAUAAGACCCCUCAACAAACCCCUAAGAAUAAGACCCCUCAACAAACCCCUAAGAAUAAGACCCCUCAACAAACCCCUAAGAAUAAGACCCCUCAACAAACCCCUAAGAAUAAGACCCCUCAACAAACCCCUAAGAAUAAGACCCCUUAA